AUAUUGGUCGAAAGUGAUUCUAAAGUAAGUGAUCURAGUAAGCAAGAAUUUCGACGACACUAAUGCAUUGAUAGAACAGUUGAUUUGAUGUGRUGUGAUCAAGCCUUCUCGAAGCCGAUCAAGUYUUCUACUCAUGUAGAUUUCAAGAAGCCAUCUGUAUGCUAAAGUGUAACCAAAACAAAACGUGACAAAUCGUCGCUUCAUGGAAUUUAUUUUUCCACAUGCUUGGUCAGCAAUCGAACGUUUGAUCGUCACUGAUUUCAUUUCGAUGUCAGCUUUCUCCAGCUGACAAUUURCAGGUUUUAUCAUGCUCGUAAAUUAAUAGCUGCCUGCUCAGUUACUUCUAUAUGUUUGUACCGAGAAAGCUGCUUCGCGUACUCAAGUUAGCUCUUGGUUGUGGGGCACAAGUAUGUCUGGUSGUCAGUAUUUGUCUAGUUCUGUUGAUACUAUACGAUCCGAAAAUCUCGAGUCUACCAGUCGAGCGAAGUCAGCUGAGUUACAAAGAACCUUUAUCACGUAUCGAACUCAUAAAACGAGAACUCUUGAACGAACGAAGACGUGUAUUUGACGAUCAAGAUUUUGUUUCCAAAACAUCUGAGAUCGCUCAUCGCGUGUUUGAAAUCAAGCCGCAAAUUCGACGCACAAACGAUACAGAUUUGGACCCGUUUGAUGUCACUCAGCCCUCGCCUGAAAUCAAGCUUUCUUCAAAAUUCCUCUUCGUUCUUCAUCAUUACGAACAGCUGGGAAAAGCUACUGAGAAUUUAGUCCAACUGUGCGCGAUUGCCAAGGAGAUGGGACGAACCGUCGUGCAACCAUACGUCCGAGACUCGAGAAUGUGCGGCGUCCCAGGAGGAUGGUAUGGGGAGCUUAGAAAAAGAAGUCGUUCAUUCCGUCCAUUUGAUGUCUACUACGAUGUACAACACUUCAAUCAAUUAAUGACAAAAUCAAACUACGCGACAUURACAAAGUUAWCUGUCUUUCAAGACGUUUGCGCAAAUGAAGACACGACUUUAAUACAUUUUAUAUACACAGGUCCUGACGCUGAGGAUAGUUUACGUAAGUGGUACAACAUUAAAAGUGAACAGUAUGAACARAUCAUKAGUGCUGUACACCCACAAGGCUACUGUGAAUGUAAUUUCAUUGAUAGCGGACUGGAUAUUUCAAAUAGAAUUGGGAAAAUAAAAGCCGGACGUCAACUGUGUAUAGAUCCAGAAAUAAUCCGCGAYAUUAGUGUGCUAGAAAACACUGUCCUUCAAAAUGAUAGAUGUGUGGUUAUUGUACAUUGGCGAGGAAUAGGAAAAAAUCGUACUCACUUUAGACCUAAAGUCACCGYGAARCCSUGGGAGAUUGUUACGUCACUUGCACAUAGCGAUUUAAUAAAAAAUGAGGUGUCUAGAUUCAAGGAGGUGUCAUUCUUAGACAACCACCAGUACAUUGCUGUACAUGUGCGCUCUGAAAGACAGCUUCAUUGGUAUGGGGCUGACAAACUUAAGAGAUGUCUGUCUGUCUUAGUUGAUUUGGUUAAAAAGCUGCAAAAACGGCAUAAAAUUCAACACGUGUUUGUCUCUACUGAUCUUAGUGUCUAUGGGUCAGACACCUUUGCUCUUCCCUCCGCACAGACGGACACUAGACUCAGGACGAAGCUGUCAGUCAUUCAGCAAGACCUACUYGAUCAACUUAAGGCUCUUUUCUUUACACCUCAUGGUAAAAAGAACUCGGUUUUAUAUGACAAGGGGGUUGUWGCUAUCACAGAAAUGAAUUUAAUGUUUGGUGGAAGUCAUCUGGUGACAUUGGGUUCRGGGACUUUUCAACAAUGGAUCAUGGAUGUUUUUAUGAAGAAUCAUUCAAAGGAAAAGCAUCAAAGUUGGACCAUUACUAGAGUUUGCAGUAGAGAAGAAAAAAGAAAAAUUCAAGCAUGAUAUUAAAAUACUGAAAAACAAUGAAUGAAUGAAGAAAGAAUUCAAGAAACAAUCAAAAAACAUUUCUAUUAAAAACAUUAAUUUAUUUAGUACAUUUUUAUUAGUUUAGUAUUUAAGUAGUUUUUUUAGAAGAUAAAUUUUUCAGGACAUCAUUUUCAAUUUGUAGUUUAUAGUUAGACUUUUCAUCUUUUUUUAAAUUUUGAAACAUAUAUUCUAUCAGAAGAGCAGGGUCUCUUGCAUAUAUUUGUACAAAUAUGUAAUGUUUAUAUAUAAGGUGUCAAUAUUGCUGUAAAGGAAAUAAAUAUAUUAAAUUAUUGUUCAACUUCAAAAA